UGGAAUUGGAAACGUGACCAAGGUAAGUUAAACGUUCCAAAAUAACAACACAAUACUAUUCGGUGUUUUGGGAUGCUACGAGACCCUGCGAGAAUUUAAUCAUUUAACUUUUGGCGUGUGUUGAUAGUGUUCGCACGUAAAAUGGCAGCUUGUGCGAUUUUUUAGUAGUGAAAGCAAGUGACAGUAAGAGACGUUUGUUUUUAAUAAUCUACUUGUUCCUGAUGUUUUAAGUGUUCACUUAAUUGGGCUAUGUUCGUUGUAAAACAUACUUUUUCGGUUGUUAUCAAAAAUUAAAUAGUGCAAAAAUAAAAUUCAGUUAAGAUAACAGUUCUGUCAUAUGAACAGUCAUCAUUGCUGAAAAACUGCAUUUUUAUAUGCAAAUUUGAAAUUAAUGUGAAAUUAGUGUAAUGCUGAUGUGAAAAGGAAGUUCGAUACAUCGAGAAGAGAUCUGUGUAAUUUUAAGAAAAUAAAUGUCAGUGAAAAUAUUGACAACCGUUUUGUAAACGUUAGAAAAUCUUAUACCAAAAACAUGAAAAUUGAAAAGUAUGUUUAAAAAUUCGUUUAAGACAAAAUUAGAAAAUCGUACUCGAACAUGUACGAAAUUGGCUAGUCCUACAUAACUCCAAUAUAUAUUUUUUUGUGUUAUGAUGUACCCAAGUAAUAACAGAAUCAACGAACCCGUCAGUAAAAAAGUUUCGUGUGUUUACGAUGUACCAUGCGAUCCAAAGGAAAUAGGAUACGACAAAAUAGUGUGCCCCAAUAAUGAACUUUCUGCUCCACCGAAAUCUAGAUGUGAUAGAUUAAAGACUGGUGCCUCCUGUCAAGCAUUGAAAUUGGCCGUUUCUUCUUUACACCGCUUUGAUGAUUUUCACCAAGAAAAAAUCGGGUCGGGGUUUUUUUCCGAGGUUUUCAAGGUGACCCAUAGGGUUACGGGACGCGUUAUGGCCCUUAAAAUGAAUUUGUCAGAUUCAAAUAGAAGAAACAUGUUAAAAGAGGUACAGCUGAUGAACAAACUGUCCCAUCCGAAUAUCUUGGGUUUCAUGGGGGUCUGCGUCCAUGAGGGCCAGCUUCAUGCCCUUACGGAAUUUAUAAACGGUGGUUCGUUAGAACAGUUGAUCCAAGAUCCUGAUAUCGAUCUACCCCAAUCCGUCCGGGUUUCCUUAGCGAAAGAUGUUGCUAAGGGUAUGGAAUAUCUCCAUUCAAAGGGUGUCUUCCAUAGAGAUUUAACAAGUAAAAAUGUCUUAAUUCGAAGAUUCGACAACGGCGACUUGCAAGCAGUAGUAGGAGAUUUUGGUUUAGCCGCAAGAAUCCCCGAUCCUCGAGGUAGUGUCAAGCUGAGUACCGUUGGGUCUCCGUACUGGAUGUCCCCCGAAUGUCUCAAAGGUCAAUAUUACGACGAACGAUCGGACAUAUUCAGCUACGGAAUCAUCCUGUGCGAGUUGAUUGCUCGUAUAGAAGCCGAUCCCGAUAUGCUACCCCGGACUGACAACUUUGGCCUCGACUACUUAGCUUUCAUCGAAUUGUGUGACCGAAACGUUGUACCUGAUUUCCUGCAGUUGGCGUUCAGGUGUUGCGCCAUCGAACCGAGCAAGAGGCCGUCGUUUACCGAAGUUGUGAAAAUUUUGAGUGGUAUUUAUGCAGAACUCCAACACGUUUCUGAGAGGGAAGCAGCAAGACUGGCCACUUGUAAUGCCAAAAGUGAAGAGCAAUUAACUGGUUUGUCUUCCUUACAGUCAUGCGUACCACAUCGCAAAAGUUGGCAUAGGAGGUCUUUAUCGGAGGACGUUUCAAUGUUGUCAAUUUGUGCACAUUCGACACCAAGUGAGAAGGCCCGUCGCCAUGCGGUCACGAUGAGCCGUCAAGACCCGCAUUACAAGCCGCGCACGACUAAUCCGUUCGCGGCUUUAGAGCAGUUACGAGGCGUGAGGAAGUUCAUCGGCACGUCUUUGUUUUCGUCCUGUUGCGAGCUGCCGUCCCCGUUGAUCGAAUCCUGUGACAGUCCUCGAUCAUUGCCGAGCUCUCCGCCCGCUGCUCGGAAAAUGGCACCACAAACGCCCCUUUAUGUCGACCCGCUACUCAUCAAAGGCGACUCCAGUACGAACUUAUCCGAACUGGGCGGCGUUCAUACGAACCUGCGCCGACGUGGGUCGUGCGAGUCCGGCUUCUACUCGAGCGUGGGCGAGUGCCUGUCUCCGAGCAGUCUGUGGGAUAGUGGUACAGCUGUCAGUUCUCUCCGAUCACUUGACGAGCUCGACCCGAAUGAUUUACACGCGCUGUGCAAGCGGGCGUCGUCCAUUUACACGGAUAGCAGCGACGACGUUUCGAGCGUUGCCGAUCAGCAGCAGCAACAAGAAUUACGACCUAACAUAUCUAGUAUAGUAGAGUAUUUCGAGCGAAAGGGAACUCCGUUACGUAAUACGGGGGUAACCAAGAGCGGGCUGCAACUAAGCUCACGAAUAGCCGCGUUACGACGGUCGUUGGAGAGGCAACAAGGGACGGGUUGCAACGGUCUCUUAUCUCAAGGUUGUACGAAUGGGUCGCAAGGCGCGUGUACCCAACAAAGACCUAAGUGUUCGAGGUUGGUGGUGUGCGAGGGGGCCGUUCGGUCCAAGCUGCCCCUGUUUGACAAGAAAUAAAGCCAGUCUUCCUUUAAAUAUAUUAUAUAUGUAAUAAUUAUGAACUGAUUAAUUUUAAAACAUUUGUUACUUUCUAGUCAAACAUAAUUUUUCCGAUACGGGCUGACAAACGGUAUUUAAAAAAAUCGAGGAGAGAUAGACGUAGCAACAGCAAAACAAGAAAUGAGUAGGAAGAGGAGACAUAGAACAAGGCGAUUGGUCACGUUGAUGAGUGAUUUUUUGGUAAAACAGGCGAAGUUGCAACAACGGUCGACGGAACAGGAGGAACUGUGUCUGAGUUAGCAG